AAUAAUCCCAGUUUGACUCCGGAAUACCGCAAGGUACUCUCCACUUUUCAUGGAGGGGAGAAAGAAGGGGAUUUUGGGAAGGAGCCCCCCAUCCUGAGAGCGAAAUGGGUGGUGUGGAAUAGCUCAGCUUCAGCAGAAAACUGCAAUUUCAAAGCAUCCUUGUUGAAGGAUGCUUCUAUCCCUAUAUUCUGAGAUAAAGGUAAAGGGACCCCUGACCAUUAGGUCCAGUCGUGACCAACUCUGGGGUUGCGGCGCUCAUCUCGCUUUACUGGCCGAGGGAGCCAGCGUACAGCUUCCGGGUCAUGUGGCCAGCAUGACUAAGGCGCUUCUGGCGAACCAGAGCAGCGCACGGAAACGCCGUUUACCUUCCCACCGGAGCGGUACCUAUUUAUCUACUUGCACUUUGACGUGCUUUCGAACUGCUAGGUUGGCAGGAGCAGGGACCGAGCAACGGGAGCUCACCCCGUCGCAGGGAUUCGAACCGCCGACCUUCUGAUCGGCAAGUCCUAGGCUCUGUGGUUUAACCCACAGUGCCACCCACAUCCCCAUUCUGAGAAUACUUGGCUCAAUCUUUUCAAGAGACAGUCCAUGAGAGAUAUUAUUUAUAACAUUUAGAUACCACGUUCAUCUUCCAAUGAGCUCACAAGGUGGCGUACGUACGUGGCCCAGUUCCACCCCAUUUUAACCUCACAAGACCCCUGAGAGGUAGGCUAGUCUAAGAGGCUGUGCGACUGGCCCCCUCAAUCUCCUAGAGCAUGGGUUGGCAAACUAAGGCCGGAUCCGGCCCAAUCGCCUUCUAAAUCUGGUCCGCAUACGGUCCAGGAAUCAGCGUGUUUUUACAUGAGUAGAAUGUGUCCUUUUAUUUAAACUGCAUCUCUGGGUUAUUCAUGGGGCAUAGGAAUUCAUUCAUUAUUUUUUAAAAAAAUAUAGUCCGGCCCCCCACAAGGUCUGAGGCACAGUGGACUGGCCCCCUGCUGAAAAAGUUUGCUGACUCCUGCCCUAGAGAAUUAUGGCGCUGGCAGGGAUUUGAACCCUGAUCUCCCUGGUCCCACUCUGCCUCUUAAAACUAUGGCCUGUCUGAAGUUCCCCCAAGUUCCUAACUCAAUGGCAAGAGAAUGCCUUCGAAGAUCCCUAAAAUCUGGGAUGGGGGACAACAUCUGUGGGGCCCUGCAAAUGUUGCUGGACUCUCAAUUCCUAGCAGGCCGAGCAAACAACUCUCACCCGCAGAUGUUCCCCAGCCCUGAUCCAAACAUUCAACCCUCCCAGCCUCAGCAUAGUAGAGCAUGUUAAGAGUGUGGAACGCCUCCCAAAAAUCCAUCAUUUUCAUCUGCCAUUCCUCCACUGUUGGUAAAGGUAAAGGGACCCCUGACCAUUAGGUCCAGUCGCGAGCGACUCUGGGGUUGCGGCGCUCAUCUCGCUUUAUUGGCCAAGGGAUCUGGCGUACAGAUUCUGGGUCAUGUGGCCAGCAUGACUAAGCCGCUUCUGGCGAACCAGAGCAGCGCACGGAAACGCCGUUUACCUUCCCGCCGGAGUGGUACCUAUUUAUCUAUUUGCAUUUUGACGUGCUUUCAAACUGCUGGGUUGGCAGGAGCAGGGACCGAGCAACGGGAGCUCACCCCGGCACGGGGAUUCGAACCGCCGACCUUCUGAUCGGCAAGUCCUAGGCUCUGUGGUUUAGACCACAGCGCCACCCGCAUACUUCUUGUAAUUUCCAAUUUCUGGCCAACAAAAUUCUAGCUGCAGUUGUGGCAUACAAAAACAAUCUAACAUCUUUCUUGGGCAAUUCCAAGAAAUUUAGCCGGAAGAGUCCGUGACCAGAAGGAGGAGGAGUACCAGGAGGAAUGGAUGAAAUUUAAAGACUAUCUAGCUAAAUAUGUUAAGAUAAUUUAAACAGAAACACUUGCAAGUACCAGAUUGGCUUAGGAUUUAAAUAUGUGAUGUUAUAGAAUAAUAGAUCUAAAGUUAAAAUGAAAAGGAAGGAAGAUGUUAAUUGAUUAAGUGAAUUUUAUGAGAAAUUAGUUUUGGGAAACUGUUACAAUGAUAUACAUAGAAACUCAGCUAGGGGGAUUUGAGGAAGUCAACAAAAAUGUUAACAAAAGUGGAAUUAUUACAGUUAGGAUCUAUGUUUGUUUGUUUGUUGAUGCUUGUCAUAAAAUUUGGAAAAUCAAUAAAAAUUUGGGGGGGGGGAGAGUGUGGAACGCCUGGCGAGAAGGUGUUUUGUGGUGCCAUCCCUGCUGUGGCAACAAAGGUGACGGCGGGGCACAAUCGUCCCCCGAUUUACCCCUAAUCUGCAGCCUCUCCAACUUCAACUGAAGGCUCGACCCACCUCCCACAACAGCUUAGCCCCCCAGGGAAGGUCAUUCCCCCCUGGAUUUCUGAACACAACACAUAAUUACAGGUGAUUAGCGGCUUAGGUGCAGGGGGCACCCCGGGGUGCAUUCCUUAAAGGCUUGACUUCACGCUCCAUCCAUAACCUGGCAGGUGUUAGCCAGAGGGCACCCUACCCCUUUGAUGGCGGAGGGGGCAGGGGGGAGUGGCUUUGUCCAGGUGUGGCCGCUUAAAUCCCCCCUUCCCAUCUCCCAGGUGCGCAGCCCCAGAGCUGCACUCCUUUGUGGCUUCCCAGAGACCUUAACAGAUUGGACCCAGGCGAAGCAACUUCAGGAAGCUGGGGAGUUUUUCUGCUCACUCUCAAAUGAACUUUCUGUUGGUUCCCUGCCAUACCCCUGAGGUUUGGGUCAGCCUUUGCACAGGAAAGACUCUUUAGCGUGGCAGGUCCUGUGCCCUGUGGAACUCCCUGCCACUAGAGGUUUGGUAGGAAUCGCCGCUGCCCAGUUUUAGAUGUCUGUUUAGAUUCUCUUUAUCACACAUAGACUGCUUAGAAUUGUAAUGUUGGAAGGGCACCCACGAGUCAUCUAGUCCAACCCUCUGCCACGCAGGAAUCACGGCUAAAGGAUCCCUGGCAGAUGGCCUUCUUAAAAACUGCCAACAAAGAAGAGUCCACAAUCCUUUUCACUCUCACCACCAGAAAGUUAUUCGGGUUUAGUCGAAAUCUCCUUUGUUGCAAACAAUUGAAUCCAUUGGUUCGGAUCCUAUCCUGUGGGACAGCAGUGUGGGUCCAAAAAAAUCUGGGACGAGGCGAGACAUUUAUGGAUGAAGGCAUUCACUUGGCUUAGUGAUUUGCAACCAGUUGAUUCUCACCCAACUUUAUGCCAAUCUAACUCUCAACAUGUUUGACGGAAAACCGUCAGCAGAGGUCACUGCCCCAAGGUGCUUACAAACCAUGGCGCAAGCGAGGAUGCGUUUGCUAUAAGCUGCAUCUUAACUACCUGGAUUAAGUCCUGCAUCAGAUAUUCUUCCAUUGUCUCUUAAACACAGAACUCCGAAAGGUCUAUUUGUACAGUAAAUACUGGCAGAAAGGCUCUCAGGAGAGAAGUUUGCGCCACGCCGUGGUCAAGCAGCAAACUGCAGCUUGAUUCCAAAACACCAUAAGCUUAAAAGCACGUGGCUUCUCCCCUCACAGAAUCCUGGGAAAUGUAGUUUUCCCGGGGCCGGACCGAGCUACAAUUCCCAGCGCCCUUAAACUACAGUUCUCGGGGUUCUUUCGGGGGGGGUGUGUGCAAAGACAGGCAUCCCCAAACUCAACCCUCCAGAUGUUUGGGACUACAACUCCCAUCAUCCCUAGCUAACAGGACCAGUGGUCAGGGAUGAUGGGAAUUGUAGUCCCCAAAACAUCUGGCGGGCUGAGUUUGGGGGUGCCUGGUUUAAGAAAAUCUUAAAGCUAGGGUUGCCAUAUUCCCAAAAAUGAAAAUCCGGACAGAGUUGUUCUUCUUGUUUUGCUAAUAAAGUGUGCAAGUCAAGUCCUGUUGCAUUAUAGGGUGUAAGGAUGUGUUACUCUCGGGUAACACGCAGCCGCCACUUCCCUGCGCGUUCAGAGGUCCCGCAUUUUGCAGAACAAAAAAACUCGGAUCCCUUUCCCAUUUCGCAUUAAGAGACCCGCUUUUGCCAAAUGGAGCAAAAAACUACAAUUCCCAGAAUGCACCGAGGAAACAAGGAAGAGAGGAGGGGCGAGGACCCCGAGGCAUGCUGGGAACUGUAGUGCUGUUGACGCUUCCCAGCCGAGGAGAGAGAAGGUCAGCGGUGCAGGAAGCGCAGUUUGGAGACUCUACCUUGAAGGACAGGUGGGGGGGAGGCGACUGUUUUUUGGAGGGUGGGGUGGGGGAAGCUUUGGGGGUUUGGACCCCGGGGGUGCAGGGAUGCUGGGGGCGGGAUGGGGGGGAGUGACAGGCUGUAUUUUUCUUGCACUGCGUGUAAACUGGAGCCACCUCGCGCACCGUUUUGCAAUGCGCUCAACUAGCAACACCCUCCUUAUUUUUGCAAUGCAUGGACAAAAUUCCAUACCAAUCAUUUGUUUGCAUUCUCACUAAAUAUCAUUCCAACCCCGCCGCCUUCCCCUUUAUUUGCAAAAAAGCUUCCAUUUCUGCAAGCCACCUCCCACCGGUAAUGACCGCCCGCCUCUCCAGAAAGCAGCCGCCUUCUGUUUUCGCAUCUGGCCUGCUGGAGCCAUCGUCGCCCCCUCGUCCUUUCUCAACCCCCCUGGUCCGGAUGCAACCCCGGAGUUUUAAUUUCGGAGUUUUAAUUUCUUCCUGAUACUCCUCCUCCUUCUGGUCACCGACUCUUCCGGUUAGGUCGGCUAGCUCCGAAAAGUCCAUCAUCUUCACCUGCCAUUCUUCCACCGUUGGUAAUUAUUGCUUUUUCCACUUUUUAGCUAAUAAAAUUCGAGCAGCAGUUGUGGCAUACAAAAAUAAUUUAACAUCUUUCUUGGGCGAUUCCAAACCUGUUAUUCCAAGAAGAAAGGCCUCUGGUUUCUUGAUAAAUGUAUAUUUCAACAUUUUUUUUCAAGUCAUUAUAAAUUUUUCCCAGAAUUCUUUCGCCUUGGGGCAGGUGCACCACAUAUGAUAAAAAGUUCCUUCCUUUCCUUUACAUUUCCAACAUAAAUUAUCACAGUUAUGAUUUACAGUAUUUUUGCUAAUUUAACAGGAGUCAAGUACCAUCUAGGGACGCGGGUGGCGCUGUGGGUUAAACCACAGAGCCUAGGGCUUGCCGAUCAGAAGGUCGGCAGUUCGAAUCCCCGUGAUGGGGUGAGCUCCCGUUGCUCGGUCCCUGCUCCUGCCAACCUAGCAGUUCGAAAGCACGUGCAAGUAGAUAAAUAGGUACCACUCCGGCGGGAAGGCAAACGGCGUUUCCGUGCGCUGCUCUGGUUUGCCAGAAGCGGCUUAGUCACGCUGGCCACAUGAUCCGGAAGCUGUACACCGGCUCCCUCGGCCAAUAAAGCGAGAUGAGCGCCGCAACCCCAGAGUCGUCCACGACUGGACCUAAUGGUCAGGGGUCCCUUUACCUUUACUAAGUACCAUCUGUACAUCAUUUUCAUUAUAUUUUCCUUUAACACAGUACAUGCAGUGAACUUAACCCCCCCCCCCCCCACCCAUUUUCCUUUGGUGCUGUGCCUUUUUUUAAGACGGCAAACACGUAACUGAAAUGAGCGAACCUCCUUGUCUCUUGCAGGCCUCUCUUGAUGCUAUCCUCAGGCCUGCUGGUCCUCCGCCGAGCUCUCCGCCGGCCGAUCUUCUCCGCCGGCUACUCGGCACUGGGCGGCUCGCCCAUGGAGAACACCCCCGUGGAGGCCUCUAUCCGGGCCAAACUGAAACAAGCCCUGGAGCCCGUGCACCUGGAGAUCAUCAACGACAGUCACAUGCACGCCGUUCCGCGGGGCUCCGAGACGCACUUCCGGGUGGUGGUAGCCAGCCGGCGCUUUGAGGGCCUCUCGCUCAUCCACCGCCACCGCCUGGUCAACGACAUUCUGCAGGAGGAGCUGGCCGGGCCCGUCCACGCCCUCUCCAUCCAGGCCAAGACCCCCCAGCAGUGGGAGAAGAACCCCAAAAUCAUCCAGAGCCCCGAGUGCCUGGGGGGGUCCAAGCACGAUCCCCAGAUGGCCGCGAAGAUCGGGGAGACGCCCCGGGCAUGAAGCGGUCCGCUGCCAAAGGCCGGAUCUAAGCAUGUUUCUGGAGCGAAUAAAUGAAAAACACCUAUGUUCCGGUUUGGGGUUAGAUGCCAGCGUCUUCUACAAUUCUGCAAUUCACUCCCCGCAAUGGACACUCCGCACUAUUCCUUGGGAGUGUCGUUCUGGCUUGCUCUCAUAUAAAAAAAUGAGAUUAUCAUAUGUGCAUUUUGGAGCUUCUGUUUUUCCGCCAGUGACUGAUGUUUCCUGGGGAAUCGCUUGGGUUUUGCGACAGUUCAUUCCGGCCCGGCUUUUUGUAAUUUGAGCAAAUUAAACUUCCAGCUUUGGAAUUUGCAAGGGGCAU